GGCCCGCGCUCUUUCUGUGGCGGCGCGUGCGGGGGGUAGGAUGGAGCCGGAGGCGCUGGAGCGGUUCCUCAGCCCGGGCAGGGGCAGCGGCCUCCGCUCCCGCCGGCGGCUGCGACCCGGCGAGCUGCUUUACCGUGGCCAGCCCUUCGCCUACGUCGUCAGCAAGGAGCAGCUGGGCGGCGUGUGCGAGCACUGCCUGCGCAGGAAUGAACAUCUGCACAGAUGCUCUCAGUGCAAAGUUGCUAAAUACUGUGGUAAAUCUUGUCAGAAAGAAGCUUGGCUGGACCACAAGCAAGAAUGCCGGUGUCUUAAGAGCGUUGAGCCCAAUAUUCCUCCAGACUCUGUCAGACUUGCUGGCAGGAUUGUUUUUAAACUACUUAGACAAUCAACAUGCCUUUCUGAGAGACUCUACUCUUUUUCUGAUCUUCAGUCAAAUAUUGAACAGUUAAGUGAAGAAAUGAAAGACGGCCUCAGGCACCUUGCACAGACGUUGCAACUGUAUUUGAAAACGGAGAUCCAGGAUGUGUCUCACUUGCCACCUGCAAUUGACUUUUUUCAGAUCUUCACAAAAGUGACCUGUAACUGUUUCACCAUCAGUAAUGGAGAGAUGCAGGAUGUUGGUGUUGGCCUGUAUCCCAGCAUGUCUCUACUGAACCACAGCUGUGACCCAAACUGUGUGAUCGUUUUUGAAGGAUACCAGCUUUUACUUCACUCUGUCCGAGAGAUACAGAUUGGUGAAGAGCUCACCGUCAGCUAUAUUGAAUCACUGAUGCCCACCAGCGAACGCCAAAAGCAACUGAUGCGCCAGUAUUGCUUUGAAUGUGACUGUCUUCUGUGCCAGAAUCAAGAAAAGGAUGCUGAGAAAUUGGCCGGUGAAGAACAUGCCUGGAAAGAAGUCAAAGAUGCUGUAAAUGAAGUGAGAUAUCCAAAAUCAAAAGAAGAGUGGGAGCAGGUUCUGGCAAGAUGUCAGAAUCUCUUGAGCAGCAAUACGGGUCGUCUUCCAGACACAAAUAUCUAUCAGCUGAAAAUGCUCGACUGUGCCAUGGAUGCCUGUAUUAACCUUGAAUCCUGGGAAGAAGCUUUGUAUUAUGGCAGCAGAACUCUGGGACCAUACAGACUGUAUUAUCCCGGUUUCCAUCCGCUGAGGGCUGUCCAGCUGAUGCGAGUGGGCAAACUGCAGUACAGUCAAGAUAUGUUUCCUCAAGCACUGGAGACCUUGAAAGAGGAGGAAUUUAAUAGAUGGAAGAAGCAGAACUGUCAUAUGAAGAGUGAUGAUCUAAACAUGAGCUGGGCAAAGAGCAUUUCAGACAUAUCUGUGGCAGGGAAUCAGCGACACAACAGGCAAUAUCAGCAAGUGUAAACUGGCCUAGCAGUAUAAGGCCUAUGAUAUUAUGAAGGUGACCCACGGGACAGAUCACAGCCUGAUGCAAGCCUUGAUGGAGAUAAAGGAGCAGUGUGAAGCCAUCAUGAGAACACAAUGAAGAAAACCUCCAAUCUGGAAAACGAAGUAUUCAAGGAGAAAGGAAAUCAAAUGCUUUUUAUUGCAUUGGGAAGCUUUUUGAUGAUUUUGGUGUCUUUUCAUUAGCUCCUACUUGCUUUACAAAAAUGGUUAGUAUUUAUAAGUUUUACUAUAUGAUCUGAAUUGAGUUGAUGUUUGGAGGAAUAUGCAUUUUUUAGAGGAUUUUUUUUUUCCUACCAAACAAUCCAAUUGACAAUACCUAAUUAUCAAUUUACAGCACCUAAUUUAAUUGAUAGUAAGUAUUGGGAAAUGCAUACAGAGCCUUCAUCAGUUACAACGUAAUAUAAUUCCAUUGAUAUCAGCAGUCAAUUUUUUUAUAGCAGUUUAUGCCAGCAAUUAAGGAUCUCAUGUCAGACACAUUACAUAGAGAGAAUAUAUUCUUUGCCUUGCCCUUAGUUGUGGCUCCCAAAAGCCUGAUCCAGUGCUCUUUGACAUCAAAUAAGUUUCCCAGUGUUGUAAAUGAGAUUUUCCUCCCUCCUAAUAUAUCUGCAGGGCUCUGUCCCUCUUCUUCCUGCAUUUCAUGUGUUAUAAUAUUGAAUAUUAAAAUGGAUUGAAUA